AUGGCGCAUUCCUCGCCCUCACGGAGGAGCCACAGUAAGGAUUUUGUUGCGAAGCAAAGUCCUGAGCGUGGUUUCGUCACAGACUUUUUGGCCGAGAAUCGCAACUCGGAGCUGAGCCAUCGCGAUGCCCUCGCCGCCGCCCAGCUGGAGCAUGAGCGCGUGCGUCUCGCCGCUCUGAGAGUCUAUGAGGUGCACCAAUUGCAAGAGGAGAAACAAAGAUUAGAGGCCGAGCAGCGUAGGAUAGCACAACUGCAAAAGGAAGAAGAGGAGCGCCUCAAGGCCGAGGCUGCUGUCCGCGCUGAGCAAGAGAGGCUUAGAGAGCUCAAGGCAAAGCAGAUCCCUCAAUUGCCCCCCGAGCCCGAGCCUGAACCGCCAAAGCCCCAACCGGCACCGGAGAAGAAACAGGAACCGCAUGUCAAUGGCACAACCGGACAGGAAACGAAGGCGGAGGCCACCGCCCCGGCGGCUACAAGUUCGCAGCCGACUCCCUUGACAAGUGCUCCGGCGCCAGCUCUUGAAACCGCAAAGGCACCAACACAAACCACACCAGCAGUUGUUAAAGAGCCAACUGCUUCAGCGCCUCAGGCUAAUGGAUUCCUAACGAAACCCGCCGCGGAACCUGUGCCGCCGACAAAGAUUGUUGCCCAACCAGCCGCCCCCGCGGGCGCCGCUGCGGCCCUGCCAGCCACCGACCGAUAUGCCGAGAUACAUCAAGCCCUGAAGAAGUUGAGGAAAGAUGUCGAGACCCUAUCGAAACAACCCGGAUCUCCAUUGAAGGGCAAGCUGGGCGACAUGCGCCGGCAGAUAAGAAAGUCGAUUGGGCAGCUGACUGCUGGCAAGGGGGCAAACGUCACACCUAUGAACACGAUCAACACCACUCUGCGCGAAUCGCUCGACGGAAGGAUACAGUCGCCGUUGAUAGACGUCAGUGCAUACGUUGAGCAAAAUAGGGAGCCUGUCGAGGGGGCUGUGCACAACGGCGCGCAGCUGCCGGCUCUGUUCAUCUACCUCCUCAACAUCCUCUCAAAGGCAAUCAUAGGGCAGUUCGCCAACGAGGGUGGAGCGAACCCGAAAUCCGCCGAGCCGGUCGGCAUCGUCACGGCCCAGAUCUUCUCCAACAAGGAUUACCACUGGCGCGGCGUCUCCCUGAUCGAUAUCCUGAUUGCAAAGUUCCGCGUCGCCUGCCCCGUCCUGUUUGGCUCUAAGGGCAACGACAAGACUCAGGCGGGCCGGCAGGCCAUCGGGUGGAAGAAGGAGGACGGCAACUGGAUUCCCGAGCAGGCGCACAACGACAGGAUGACGGGUCUGGGCGCCGGGUUCGCGGCCGUCGCGCUGCGCGACUUCAGCAAAGCUUCCAAGACGAACCCGUACCCGCCGACCAACUACUGGAAGGCCAUGGCGCAGAUUGUCAAUUCGCCGCCGGGGCUCAUCUCCAAUACGCAGUACAUUGUGCUUAAGUCCAUGAUUGACGGUCACCAGCAGCGGUUCAUCAACUUUUACGGCAACGCCGCCAUCGCGGCCCUGCGCAUGGCUCUCGUGGAGUUUCCCCAAAAGGCUCCAGCGGGCGCCACGGCCGCCCAGGCCCUGCAGGUUCUUGCCGAUGUCAUGAGGAGAGAUUCUGGUUUAGAGUUGUCAUAA